AUGAGCACCUCACCGGCUACGCGGAGGAUUCUGUUCGCGUGCGGUGCGUUACUCUUCCUUUUGAUCAUCUUUCGCCGAGAAGCAAACGACCGAUUCUAUGGCCAAGGCCCCAAACCCUACCCUGCACCCAAACUGGGGAUUGAUGAGCUGUCCUUGUGGCCUCUCGAGCAGAAACUCGAUUAUCUUUUCCCCUACGAGGUUGAGGCUAGCUUCCCAAAGCACAUCUGGCAAACCUGGAAAGUGGCACGUGAUGACGAUACCUUUGAUAAAGGGAUAAAAGGCUUGGUCGCAUCGUGGGACUCUCUCAAUCCCGAGUUCACACAUGAGGUCAUCACCGAUGACACUGCAUUCCAGCUUGUCAAGAAAUUGUACAUCUCUGCUCCAGAAAUCGUCCAGGCUUACCGAGACAUGCCCCUUCCCAUCCUUAAGGCCGAUUUCUUCCGCUAUCUCAUGCUUCUCGCCAGGGGCGGGAUCUACACUGAUGUUGACACUGAAGCACUGCAGAGCAUUCGCAAAUGGGUUCCUUCUGCGUACAAUCAAUCAACCGUUGGUAUUGUCAUUGGUCUCGAGGCUGAUCCUGACCGCGACGAUUGGCCAGAGUGGUACGCUCGCCGCAUUCAGUUCUGUCAGUGGACGAUUAUGUCUAAGCCAGGUCAUCCCAUUUUGAAAGAAGUUGUCACAAAGAUCACGAAUACAACAAUCACGAUGAAGGAGGAGGGAAACCUUAACAAGGCAGAUGCUAUCAAACUGGUUCUAGACUACACUGGACCUGGUGUCUGGACUGACGCUAUUUUCGCCUACUUCAAUAAUCCUUUCUUCUUCAACACCACCUCAAGCAAUAUCACCAAUUCCGACUUUUUCAAUCUACGAGAACCCAAGAUACUCGGAGAUGUGGUCGUCUUUCCCAUCACCAGUUUCAGUCCAGGAAUUGGUCACAUGGGAGCAGAAGGAGUCGAUCACCCGUUGGCAUUUGUGAGACAUGCGUUUAGAGGUGGGUUGGUUACUGUUGAAUUCUCAAGAGCUCCUCAGACUGAUAUCUUCACAGGAUCAUGGCGCCCAAGUGAUAAUGAGCGCGGCGGACCCUGA